AUGGUGUACCUCUUCCUCGGAUUUCUCUUCUUGACCAGCGCAGUGGCCGACUGUGGUGGUGGGGCAUGUGCGCAGGAUUACGAGCAUGAGGAGGACCUUUUGGUGCAGAGCAUGAACACCGAGCUCCUGCAGGUCAAGAUUGAGCUCACCAAGAACCCGUUGGAGGUGGAAAAGGCCAGUGCCGGUGCAAUGGCCAUCCAGGCCGACGGCGCUGUGGUGACUGGACCAAAAUUGGCCAAAGAAUCUACCAGGGGUGAGUGCAAGGACUACUGCAAGUACGAGCCCCAGACUGCCUGGCAGUAUGACGCCAAUUGCGGCGGCUGCGCGGCGGUGCUUUUGCAGGAUUCGGGAGCUGUCCACGCAUCGCAGACGCCCGGGCCUUGUGCCAGCUGGUGCCAAUAUGAGGGACCUGCCACCUGGCAAUAUGACCCCAAUUGCGCUGCCUGCACGCCCGCAGCCAUUGCCAACAGGACUGUGAACCACUGCCAAACCUACUGUGAGUACGUUGGCACAGCAGUGUGGCAGUACAACCCGGAUUGCCAAGCCUGCAAGCCCGUGCUGCUGCAGAAGGCCCAGGUUGAGUGCAAGGACUACUGCAAGUAUGAGCCCUCAGCAGCUUGGCAGUAUGACGCCAAUUGUGGCGGCUGUACAGCAGCAUUUUUGCAAGAUGUAGUUGUGGAAGCCCACAGCAGCUGCAUGGAUCAUUGCCAGUUUGUUGGCUCUGCGUUGUGGCAGUUUGAUCCGGACUGCAUCGGCUGCAAGCCAUCCUUGCUGCAGCAGCAAGUCGGCCAGGCACCUGCUGAAGGCUGCGCAAGCUUUUGCCAGUAUGAGGGCCCAGCUGUGUGGCAGUAUGAUCCCAACUGCCGCGCUUGUGGCGUCACUCAACGCUCCAACAUCACCGUCACAGCCCAGUGCCUGGAUUUCUGCAAGUAUGUGGGCGAAGCUGUGUGGCAGUACAACCCCGACUGCCAAGCAUGCAAGCCCAGCCUGUUGCAGAAGAGGGAGUGUAAGGACUACUGCAAGUAUGAGCCCCAGACUGCCUGGCAGUAUGAUGCCAAUUGCGGCGGCUGCCAAGAAGCCCCCACAGCUCUUGUGCAAGAUACGGUCGUUACCAAGGGUGAGUGCAAGGACUACUGCAAGUAUGAGCCCCAGACUGCCUGGCAGUAUGACGCCAAUUGCGGCGGCUGCACGCCAGCUCUUGUGCAAGAUGCGGUCGCUACCAAGGGUGAGUGCAAGGACUACUGCAAGUAUGAGCCCCAGACUGCCUGGCAGUAUGACGCCAAUUGCGGCGGCUGCGCGCGGCUGCAAGCCAUCCUUGCUGCAGCAGCAAGUCGGCCAGGUACCCACCGAAGGCUGCGCAAGCUUUUGCCAGUAUGA